CAGACCGGCGGCCUCUCAGUCCACGCCGCGAUGGACGCGUUCGUCGGCUCAACUGCGAGAGAAACUCUGGAGCGAGUUUCAGCGUCUCUGGGCUGCAGCCCGACCUCUGCAGAAGUGGCUGCGUACCUCGACAAACACGACAAACUGAGACAUCUCAGGGAAAAGUUCCUGGUGCCCAAAAUUGCAGAUUUGCCUCCCUCUGAUCUCUCGCUGGUCGACGGCAGCGAGGAAUGCAUCUACCUUGUGGGGAACUCAUUGGGGCUUCAGCCCAAAAUGGCAAAGAAGUACCUGGAGGAGGAGCUGGAGAAGUGGGCCAAAAUGGGCGUCCACGGUCACACAGAAGGGUCUCGCCCGUGGGCGUGGGCUGAAAACAACAUCGAGGAGCUCAUGGCGAAUGUUGUUG